AUGUCUUUUCAUGUCUUCCAAAAGGGCUCCAUAUGUAUGCUCACUGUUGCUAUCGCCGACUUCUCGAAAGUCGGUUUCUGCGAUCAGACGCCAGGGAGCUUGUCCUGGCUUCUCUACUUGGGGCUUGGGGCCAUUGGACAUGCCACCCCGGAUCACAAGUCGAGUCUGCGGCGACGUCUGAGGCUACCAUUCUUCUCAAUCUUCGAACCGUUUACCUCGCCCUUCCUCCGUACCAUACUGGCAUCCAUCCACGGUCAUCCCCCCAGUUCUUCUUCACCGUUCCCAAUUCUCAACCCUCUUCAUCACUCCCACCAAAGACGCGCGCUACUUUCCUCUACCAGACCAGACCAUCUAUCCGUUGUCUUCCCCGUCGUUCAUGCGGCUGCGAACCGCCGAGCCGGCUCAGAAAAACGCAUUCUCAUAAACCCCUCUUUGCUUGGUCUGGUACUUGCCGUUGUCCCACACCCCAAAAGCUCGGUCUCCUUCAAUGUCAUCGAGAUCCGUCCUCCAUAUGGCAGCCACCAACUUGGUAUAUCCACGCCAUGCGUGCCACACGCCUUCCUCUUCUGCAAUUACUUAUCCUCAACGCCCCAAGCAGACGUAGAAUUCGCCCAGCAAUCGAAUAUUUUCGGAAUUACUUCAACAACAUCGCUCUUGGAUCGACUUGCUCAGUAUCGAAAACGACGAGAAAACGAUCAUCGCCGACCGACACUCAGUAUUCGAUACAGACGCCGCCUGUCGCUGCCCAUCCGCCGCGACUCGAUUGAGAAGAAAGCCUUCGAUGAUUAUUGGUUGACCGCAACGCAAAAGGAAAGUUUGGGUUUCGAGAAGGAUUUGCACGAAAAGCGGCAAACAGUGAAAGCCAAUUCUUUGGAGAUCACUUUCGACGUAGAAGAAGUUCGCAAACCAUCGCCCUACCGUCCCGUAACAACAGCACCAUCGAAGCUAGGCAUCUCGCAGUACCUAGACAUCUUUCUCGAGCAAGGAUUCGAUACGUGGGAGACGAUUUUGGACAUUACUGAGUCUGACCUCGACGCACUUGGAGUCAAGUUAGGACACCGACGUAAAUUGCAGAGACGCAUCGCCAACUCUCGUGGCCUUGCCCCGGAUGCAUCACUAGUUUCGCCCACAAGAGCAAGCGCAGAAGAGCCAAAGCCCGAGACACAACGACCUGAUCAACCCCGCCCCGAGGUCAAGGAGGGACCCGUCGCCACGAAACGAAAGUAUAGGCGUCACCCCAAGCCUGAUGAAAAUGCCCCUGAGAGACCUCCUUCGGCCUAUGUCCUUUUUUCAAACAAGAUGCGUGAUGACCUCAAAGGUCGGAACUUGACAUUUACCGAGAUAGCCAAGCUUGUGGGAGAGCACUGGCAAAACUUAACUCCCGGCGAGAAGGAGCCAUACGAAACUUCCGCAUUGAAAGCCAAGGAGAAAUACAACCACGACUUGGCUGAGUAUAAGAAGACGACAGAGUAUAGGAAAUACAACCUGUACUUACAAGAUUUCAAGGCACGGCAAGCCUCCGCAAAUCAAGCAAAAGAGUCGUCGAAACGUCAGAAGCUUGAUUCGGGGGUUCGUCUGCAAAACGGAGGAAGCGCAAGUGCCACACCUGGGAGCCUCAGUAGCACGGGGAGUGGUACAGAGUCUCACCAGGGAAGCGAACCUCCUCCUAAUCGCAAACAGCGUGUGGGUUCUGUGGUGUCGGUAUCUGAAUCGCAAUACUCGACGGCCGUGCCGACCCCAAUUUCCCAUCAUCAUCAUCCCCCCAAUGAUGACUCGGUACACUCUCCUGCCAGUGUACAAUUCGAUCGUGAGAGCUUGCACUCCACAAGUCCCCGUACCUCGCAGACUCGGAACCACCGCCCAACAUGGACGGAAGCCCCAGCAAAAACGGAGCCAGUCACACUUCCGCAUCUUCCUUCCCUCUCGGAUGUGUUCAACAAUGGACGAGGACUGAACGGGGUUUCAAGGUCUCCUGAGGCAAAUGGCUUUGGGGGCUUCGCGCCUCCGACACACCCUGGUCCCUCCGCACCGCCAUCAUUGAAGCACGAAUAUUCUUCCGCGGGAAGCAUUUCAUCCUCUGGAUCUGGACUGUCGUAUCCCCGAACACCUAGUGAAUCUUCGCUACCGAUUCACGCCUUAUUAUCGAACAAGACCUUGCCGGGACCUCCUUUCGAGUUGCAACCAUCACCGUUCUCGACGGUGCCGCCUUCCGGACCACAACCGCUCCAGGAUUCAAAGUUGCCCUAUGCAGGGCAGCCUCAAGCUCCGAUGGGAGCGACGAAUGGUACUCACGGUCAAACCAAGCAAGGCUUUCCGCAGAGGCUAAUGAGGUUUCAAGGUUACCAAUCACCACCUGCCUUAUUGAGAUUCCAGUCCACCUCAUCAACGGGGACUGAUGGAUCGAACGUGUCGCAAGCAUCAUCGGGUGCUUCUUCUGCAACGUCGCUCGGUAUUCAGGAGAGGAGCGAUCCGAAGCUCGACGGCAUGAUUUUGACAUAUGGCCGGCAAUCAUCGUUCUCCAUCCACUCUAUGGAUUUACAAACUGUUGACGUCGGCCCCGAGUACAGUCUCGUGCCGUUUCGCUCAAGUCUAGCCUGGUUGGCUGAGGUCGGUCUGUUUGAUUACUUGAAUACCCUCAUGGAUUGGCAUCGUUUGGAGAUCUUGUUCGAGGUGGCGCAACUGGACAAUCAUGGCGUUUUUUUUUUGUCCCGUUGGACGUGGCAUUUGUUUGUCGUCCAAAUGGCGUUGUAA